UAGGUUGGCUAUUUGGGUGAACGCAACGUACCCGUUAGAACCACCGGGUACGCCCAACGCCGGCCUUUUUUUAAUCCUUUCGCUUCUGAGGUCGCUAGCUAAUGCGUUAGCUAAGGCGCUUGUCCGCUCGCUAACAUUUUAAUCAGAAUCAGUAAUCAACCACUUCGGGUCCUUGACUUGAAUGCCUCUGGCAUGGGCAUUUGCCAGCACAUGUGAUCUGUCCGCUUGCCGAUCAGAGGCGUUUUUCCCACGUUAGUCCUAACGUGCAAGCGACAAUACAGCUGACCGAGAUUUCGACCCUCCGUGCUCUGGUUAGUUCGCCAUCCCAUUGCCAUGCAGUUCUGGGCAUGGAAUCGCCCACACAGGGCGUGCUGUAGGUAGCAGUGCCAGUGAUCUCCUUGCAGUGAUGAUUCUACCAAAGAAGCAACGUUUCCGGCUGAACACAGUUGUAAGCUGAACGACGUAUUCAGUCUAAGAGCAGAGGAUGAAGGAAGUCUCAAGGCACAGUGAUGGAACUGUACCAGGGUUCCGAAUGGUUCACUUUGAAUCUCCACCACAUGCCAAUGCACUUCUUAAUGGCCUCAACCUUCUGCGAGCCCGUGGACAGCUUCUUGAUGUAACUCUAAUCGCUGGUGGACGAGAGUUCAAGGCACACCGUGCUGUUCUUGCUGCCUGCAGUGACUAUUUUCGUGCUAUGUUCACAGAUGCUAUGCUCGAGAGCCGUCAGCCUGAGAUCUGUCUUAAUGGAGUCAGUGCCCAGGGUCUGCGAUGCCUACUGGAGUAUGCAUAUACAUCAAGGCUGGUGCUAAGCUUAGCGAACAUUCAAGACGUGUUGGCUACAGCAAAUCAUAUUGGACUGACUCCUGUCGUUGAAGCCUGCUCUUCAUAUCUGCAAGAUCAGCUUGACCUUGAAAACUGCAUUGAUGUUGCUACACUUGCAGAAACAUACUCAUUGCGAAGACUUCGGAAGCGAGUGUAUCGUUUUAUUUGUGCAAACUUGCACCAAUUUGCAAAAACACCAGAAUUUCAGCGGCUCUCAACAACACAAAUGGAGCAUCUGCUUGCCUGCGAUUUCCCUGUGAAUUGUCCGGAGGGCGAUGUACUUUCGUUUGUCCUCAACUGGGUUGCCUGUGAUGUAGGGGAUCGGCUCUCACAGGCGCGCAAGUUGGUCUCUUAUGUUUGUUUUUCGGAAAUUCCGGCAUCCAGACUUGCUGAGUUAUGGGAUUCUCCAGUCCUGCAGUGCCUUUUCUCUCGUAGGAUUCCUCCCCACCUGUCUGGCAUUGGCGGCCAACCACCCCCUAGCCUCGUGAAUACUCGAGGCAUGGAGCUUGUAUUGCUCAAAGUAGGAGGGUUUGGCUUGUCGGGAGUGACUAAUGAAAUCACAUACUACUUGCCUAGUGCAGGCCGUUGGAAAUAUCUCACUUCUAUUCCUCAUGUGGAGCAGUGCAAUUUUGGCACAGCUGUUCUUGGGAACGAGCUUUAUGUGGUAGGCGGCUGCUUCAACCAGAGUCUGCACCAGGAAAAUGUGCACCCAUUUGGCUUCCGUUACAAUGCACUCACCGGGGAGUGGUCGACCAUGGCGCCCAUGCGCUGGGAGCGUUGUCGAUUUGCACUUUGCGUGGCACGAGAUGAUCUCUAUGCGGUGGGGGGUGCUGGGGAGGUGCUUGGUGAUGUCGACACUGCUGAAGAUGGAGAGGCUCAUUGUGAGCGUUACGACCCGCACACUGAUGUGUGGAUGCCCGUGGCCCCACUUCCAGGCGCCCGAACUCAGCAUGCUGGAGCAGCCUGGGGCCCAUACUUGUUCGUUUCUGGUGGUCUCAAUGCAGAUUCAGUGCUCAACUCCCUUCUUCGCUAUGAUACACGCACCGAUAGCUGGGAGACGAUGGUUCCUAUGUCUAUACCCCGAGCUGAUCACUCCAUGGUGGUUUACGGGGACCGCCUUGUGGUCUGUGGUGGAUGGUAUGAAGAUGCUGCAACGGGCACGCGCGUCCUUGCCGAGUCAGUUGAAGCAUAUGACAUAGCUGCUAAUGCAUGGACUCCUGUGACAACAGUGCCAACUCCACGAUACCAUGCUGGUGUUGCAGUGCUUGGCUCGUGGCUCUACACAGUUGGCGGUUUCCACAGUGACACUACAUUUGAUCGAGCAAGUGGAGUUGUAGAGAGGUUUGACUUGGAUGGCAGUCUCGGUUGGGAGGAAGUGCAACCUUACCCGCAGGACAUAUGGGAGCAUGUGUGCUGCACCCUGUUUGUCCCCCGCUGUAGAGAUGACCUUGAUGUCAUCUCGGACAAGACCUUAAUGUGAGUUUUGGCAGUGCUGGGCAUAUUGCCCAGUUUGUGCCACCGAGAACGAAGCCAGUGUGUGAUGACUACUGCCCAUAUUGUGUAAUUUUGCAUGCAUUUAGUUUUCUUUUUCUCCCCUCAAGUAGCAUGCAUAAUGUCGGCCUGCUACAGAAUUUUCAUGGAAUUUUCAAAGACAGUUGCGAGACAAGGUUGUAACUUGAAGUGUAGCAGAUGCUUAUGCAUGCCAUGUAGCAAAUUUUCACAUUUUUAUAUCAGUGAAAUGCUGCAUUUGCUUUUUGUGUGAGCUGCCGUGCCUUUUGUGCUGAGUCACUAUCGUAGCAUGUAUGCUACUGCUGUUGCAGUUUGUUGAGUACCACCAUUUUGAAAGUUCAGCCAUUAGAGAAGCAUUCUUACUGGUGCAUCUGUUGACUUUAGCUGAAUGCACCUGCUUAUAUUAAAAGGUGCACUUGUUCACACUAGAUUUGGAAACAUGAAAAGAGAAUAUUUAGCUGCAUUUGAAUGUGUUUAUGGUAGCUGCACUUAUGAUGAGCGACAGGUAUGUCAUUUUGUCCUUGCAGAAUAUGUAAAUUAAUGUUACCAAUUUGCUUCCAUACCCAUUGAAGCUAAAUAUAUAAUGCUGCUGAGCAGAGGAACCUGAUAGCUUACUGCUGCAGAACCUUCUUGGCAGCUUAUGUGGACAUGGGUUUCAUUUGGAGUUGUUGCAUAUUAGCCAAUUUACCUGAACACAUAGUCAAAAACUCAAUUUUUACUUACCAUGUGAAUUAACAACAUGGUGCAAAUGUAUCUGAUGGGAAAGUUUAAAAUGACAACUGGGUUUGUUGUGAUUUUUGAAAUUAAGGUGUUUGGCAGUAAGCAGUGAGAUCAUUUACCUUUUAAUUUCCAAAGCUUUUCCAGCAGUGUGCUCAAAUUAUUUUAGUAAGCUAUGCAUAUAACAGAUACGUAAUGGCUAAGGUGUGUGCGUGCGCGCGUGUGUGUGUGUGUGUGUGUGUGUGUGUGUGUGUGUGUGUGUGUGUGUGUGUGUGUGUGUGUGUGUGUGUGUGUGUGUGUAGGGUUGGGGAAAUGGGGGGAGGGAGGGCAGCUUUUUGAUGCUUGAUUUGUAAAGUGAAUUGGCUUCAAUUCAUUAUUCAGUAGGUGCACUUUUGUAUUGCAGGUUAGUUCUUUUUGCAGUUUAAGAAAAUGACUUAAAUUAUGAAUAAAGUCGCCCCCCAGUGCUAUGCAAUGUUGUGCAAAUAAUUUUGAUUGUCCCAGGAUAUUUUGCAAUCUUGAAGUGCAUGCAGUUCUGUGCAAUUUCAUUCAGUCUUUCACAAAUAUUGUUCUAUCUACACCUUCUCUCCAUUGGCUUUUUACUGCAUACUAUCAACAGAGCUUCCGUGCAUGAUCGAGCCAUCUGCCUGCUCUUCGUCUGCCUGUUCCUGCUAAAGUUUUAACAGCUAUUUAUAACACUAACCAAUUUGAAAGGAGAUGGCUCCUUGCUGAUGUCUUUUAGCCUGUCUGUAUUUUACACAACCAAAUAGUUGGGCUCGUGCACUUAAGCCGUCAUAGGGCUUCGGAAUGGACGCACAGUUGGCAAGGUUUGUGAUUGCAUGGGAUGGGCAGCAUGAACACACUUCCUAGCUUAGAACUGCUGUCAUAGUACAAACAAAUAUUAGUUGUUGUGCUGAUGAAUGAAAUUAAUGGAACAGCUUAGAGGCUGUUCAGUGCAUUUUGGCUGACAAUCGAACUGGAAAUGAAUGACUUGCAUAACCUGCAAUCAUUGGGCUAAAUUCAAGGUCCAAGGCUCUCAUUCCAUGAAUCAAUAAUUGUUCAAUGUUGAGCACAAAAAUUUCCAGAACUGUAAUGUAGCUUAUGCUAUUCAAGUGACACUAAAGGCAAAUAUUAAGUCAAGCUAAAGUGAUCGAUUAAUGCUUGGGAAUCUCUAAGGCGUCAAUAUUAUUGCGAACAGAGCCUUAAUAAUCGAGAAAUUAAAGUAAAUGCUGGACAUGAUUAGAGACUCCCCCGGGGCAUUCAAGUACUUGCCUGAUGACGAAAGCACUCCUCAAUUAAAUUCUGUCACUAGUACUCAACCAGUUGUUGCAAAAAACAUCCUUGUAUUGGAUUAUAACAUGAAGUAAAAUGCUACUUGUCCAGUUCUAUUUCAUAUUUAGAAAAAAGAACUCAUUAAAAUUACCCUUGACAACAACGCAGGCGAUCGAAAGGUUUCGUUUUUGCUCGACUCUGCGUUGCCCACACUUUCGCGUUUCAGCAGUUUUGUUAUCACAUAGUACUGCGCGUAACAAGCGUGCCGCUGAGGUAAGGAAGUAUAAUAUGGAUAGAAUUGAACAUGCUCUCGGGAACGGAGGAAGCCUAAAAACCACCCUUGACAACAACGCAGGCGAUCGAAAGGUUUCGUUUUUGCUCGACUCUGCGUUGCCCACACUUUCGCGUUUCAGCAGUUUUGUUAUCACAUAGUACUGCGCGUAACAAGCGUGCUGCUGAGGUAAGGAAGUAUAAUAUGGAUAGAAUUGAACAUGCUCUCGGGAACGGAGGAAGCCUAAAAACCGUGAAGAAGAAAUUGGGGAUAGGCAAGAACCAGAUGUAUGCACUAAGAGACAAAGCCGGCAAUAUCAUUACUAAUAUGGAUGAGAUAGUUCAAGUGACUGAGGAGUUCUAUAGAGAUUUAUACAGUACCAGUGGCACCCACGACGAUAAUGGAAGAGGGAAUAGUCUAGAGGAAUUUGAAAUCCCACAAGUAAUUCCAGAAGAAGUAAAGAAAGCCUUGGGAGCUAUCCAAAGCGGAAAGGCUGCUGGGGAGGAUCAGGUAACAGCAGAUUUGUUGAACGAUGGUGGGCAGAUUGUUCUAGAAAAACUGGCCACCCUGUAUACGCAUUGCCUCAUGACUUCGAGCGUACCUGAAUCUUGGAAGAAUGCUAACAUAAUCCUAAUCCAUAAGAAAGGGGACGCCAAAGACUUGAAAAAUUAUAGACCGAUCAGCUUACUGUCCGUUGCCUUCAAAGUAUUUACUAAGGUAAUCGCAAAUAUAAUCAGGAACACUUUAGACUUCUGUCAACCAAAGAACCAGGCAGGAUUCCGUAAAGGCUACUGAACAAUAGACCAUAUUCACACUAUCAAUCAAGUGAUAGAGAUAUGUGCGGAAUAUAACCAACCCUUAUAUAUAGCUUUCAUUGAUUACGAGAAAGCGUUUGAUUCAGUCAAAACUUCAGCAGUCAUGGAGGCAUUACGGAAUCAGGGUGUUGACGAACCGUAUGUAAAAGUACUGAAAGAUAGCUAUAGCGGCUCCACAACCACCGUAGUCCUCCAUAAAACAAGCAACAAAAUCCCAAUAAAGAAAGGCGUCAGGCAGGGAGAUACGAUCUCUCCAAUGCUAUUUACAGUGUGUUUACAAGGAGGUAUUGAGACAUGGAUUGGGAAGAAAUGGGCAUAAGAUUUAAUUGAGAAUACCUUGGUAACUUGCGAUUUGCUGAUGAUAUUGCCUUGCUUAGUACCUCAGGCGACCAAUUGCAAUGCAUGCUCACUGACCUGGAGAGGCAAAGCAGAAGGGUGGGUCUAAAAAUUAAUUUGCAGAAAACUAAGGUAAUGUUUAACAGUCUCGGAAGAGAACAGCAGUUUACGAUAGGUAGCAAGGCACUCGAAGGGGUAAGGGAAUACAUCUACUUGGGACAGGUAGUGACCGUGGAUCCGUAUCAUGAGACUGAAAUAAUCCGAAGAAUAAGAAUGGGGUGCAUUUGGCAGGCAUUCUCAGAUCAUGAACAGCAGGUUGCCUUUAUCCCUGAAGAGAAAAGUGUAUAACAGCUGUGUCUUACCAGUACUCACCUAUGGGGCAGAAACCUGGAAGCUUACGAAAAGGGUUCUACUUAAAUUGAGGACGACGCAAUGAGCUAUGGAAAGAAGACUGAUGGGUGUAACGUUAAGCAAUAAGAAAAGAGCAGAUUGGGCGAGGGAACAACAUAAAAUCGUAGUUGAAAUCAAGAAAAAGAAAUGGGCGUGGGCAGAACAUGUAAUGAGGUGGGAAGAUAACCGACGGUCAUUAAGGGUUACGGACUGGAUUCCAAGGGAAGGGAAGGGUAGCAGGGGGCGGCAGAAAGUUAGGUGGGCGGAUGAGAUUAAGAAGUUUGCAGGGACAACAUGGCCACAAUUGGUACGUGACCGGGGUAGUUGGAGAAAUAUGGGAGAGGCCUUUGCCCUGCAGUGGGCGUAAUCAGGCUGCUGCUUCUGAUGAUAAUGAGUACUGCGCUGGUUUCGCUGGCUUGCGAAACUUGCACAAACUGCAAGUAGCAGAGAAUUCAACUUCCAUGUAAAUGUCGCGAGAUGCCCGAGAGGUCUAUGCCACUUGACCAAAAAGCAGCUGCAGCAGCGAAUCCGCCGCUCUGUCAUGGCUCGGUACUGGUGUCUGUACCGAUAGCAGCAAAGGCAGCAAAGGGUGGUCACCGAUGGCAGCAAAGGGUGGUCGUGACAUAUGCAAUGUGACCACUCCUCCGGUUGGGUGGUGGGAGAUUUGAAUUUCGAAAAAGGUCUGUGCACCCUUCAGAUGUAAUUUUCUCGUAAAGUAAGUCUUUACUUGGCACGAAACAAGUGUUGCAAGGUUUCUGGAAUGGUUUUUAAACAGUCCACUAUGACUUAGUAUUUUAGCACUCAUCCUGUGUCCUCCCUUGUCCGUGUUUUUUUUUGGGGGGCGCUGUUUUAAAUAUGAAUGAUCCGUAGCAACUAGCUCGCACCCAAACCCUGCCGAGUCAUCACUUAGUAUUUGCCUUUAGUGUCCCUUUAGGAAUAGUGUACUACAAGUGGAUCAUAUAGAAAAAAAAAAUUCAUAAUGAAUUGUCUUAUGGAAGGAAUGAAACUGUAGCAGCUGCCAUCUUUUUUUUUUUUUUUCGUUCUGAGUGAUAUGCAUUUCUGAUGUGGGGCUCCUCUUGGCAAUAUUGUUGGUUACACUGUCAAGAUUGUCGAAGCCAUUUAUUCCAGUAAAAGAGGUUACUGAGCUCCUAUGGUCUUCAGAGCAUUGUACAUAUGAGGGGUGUUCAUAAAGUUCAUAUCAGUGCCUUAAAUUUGUAACAGGCUUACAAGAUAGGCAUCAAAAUGAGUGCCCGUCUCUCUAGGUUCAACAAAAUAUAAAUUUUUUUCUACCUAGUGUUAUGGUACACCCUUAGAACAUCAAAACAAAAGCAGCAGCAUCCAUCGCUGAAAUUGGUUGAAGCGCAAGAAAUUAUCUGCUUUCUGUAUUUGAAGGGACCCAGUGCCAAGGAGAUUUAUGCCAAGCUGGUGGUGGUGCACAGUGACAUUGUCCGAGGUUGUGACACUGUUGUGAAAUUGUGCAAGUACAAGCCAGGGCAACAAAGGACAUCGAGUGGCUGUCCAUCACUCGAUGGUGAACCACAAAUUGAUGCUCAGGUUGAGGCUCUAAUGCUUGCUCACUAUAGAAUAACUGUUGAACAAAUAAUGCAGCAGGUUAACAUUAGUGUGAGCUCAGAUUAUGCUUCCAGAUUAGUCUCAUGGCCUAGUCUACGUUCCUUUAUGACAAUAAUACGAACUUUAUGAACAUCCCUCAUUGCAGCAUGGCAGUGUUAUAGAUCUGGUUUCCACCUUAAAUUCUUUUUUUUAUCUGCUUUCUUUCUGUAAUAACCUAAAAUUUUAUAGUACAUUACUCACUUGUUGCUGAAGCAUUUCCUUUCAUAAUUUGUGGGCACCCUCUGUAUUAGCCGUGAGGGCUAUUCUAUGGUAUCUCUGCACUAUUCAUUAUCUAUGAUCUGCAAAUAAUCGAAGUGGCUAUACUUUUAAAGGCUUCUAAACAGCUGCACUGAAUUUUGCUCAAGCAAUGAAGUGGGGCUUGCAGUCCCUCGAGUGUAUCUUAUUGUGAUAGCUUAAACAAAAUGAAAAGAGUCGCUUCUGUGCUUAGUGAUUGAUAUUUGGAGUACGUAGUAUUUAUUUUGUCUUUGCACUGUAUCAGAGCUUUUGGUGUUGUAGGGGUCACUUUAGCCAAGUUCAAAACUGUACAUGAAACAAUGAGGUAUUUCUAACAUUUUGACUUGAAGUAAGCUUUGUUGACUUUGUUGACAUGUUUUCACAUUUGAUCAAGACUACUUAAAGGGAAGCUGUAUAGGUCUUAGAAUUGGAAUAUUUACAGUGGUUUAGAAGGCUGGCAAAGUAUAAUUUAACUUCUGAAGUUAUUUUCUUGGUAGUGCACAUAGCAGUGCCAAAUCGCCCUAUAAAUUUUCGUCGAAGCUCUGCCACCCUCGUGUGCUCAGCGCAGUGGUGAAAGGCUGGGCGCGAGGAUGACAUCAACACAGGGAUCACAUGAGCGCUCUAUUCGAAUCGUGCUGCUUGCAGAUACCGAAGAUGUCGUAAUCGUCUUCGCCAUUGGAGCCCCUUAAUCGACCCACGGCUUCUCUCGCUGACACUGCUAGUAGUUUUUGCUAAAUUAAUGCAACUUGCAUUGAUUUGUGGCCUGUCAAACUAUGAUUUUUGUAUUCAGGGGGUAAAAAACUAAUAACCUGUUGACAAGUUACUUUUUUUUAAGUGUUUCAGCUUACCUUUAAGUGUGCUGCAAAUGAUUUUUUUUUUCAUUGUGGGCGUGAAUGUAACUUUCAUGAAGUAGGUCUGUUGGUUAAAAAAAAUGUUUUUAAAUACUAAUGCAAGUUGCUUUUGAAUUUUUCUGGUCUUGAAUGUAGUUGGCAUAUGGCUGAGAAGCUGUUGAAUUUAGCACCGCAUGCUGCUCAUAUGAGCCUUUCAUGCCACAUUCUUGCAAACAACAAAUUAGUAGUGCUUAGCUUGGCUGCACUACAGGGUACAUCUGAAAUGCUUUGUUUCAAACUUGUGUGAUGCAUUAGCAGGUGCAUUUCUUGCCCACUAAAAUUUGUGCAUUUCUGAUGUCUUGCUUAUUGAUUACUUAUUGAAAAUAUUACUAUUAGUAUUACUAUUGAAAACAAAAGGAUUCUGUUGUGAAGCUGUGAACCAAAUCCAAUUGGGAUAGAGAAAACGCAUUAGCUCUGUGUGUAUACUGAUGCAGCUUGCUUGCAGAGUGACAUAGCAGAAACUGUCUUUAAGAGGGGUCAUUGCCACUAUGGACCAUGUCUUGCUGCCGUGAUAACUAAAAUAAUAGCUCUAAAUGUUUGCAAUGCUCUUGUCGGCUGCAGUGCAUCUGUCUAGAUGUAAUUUGUAAAUUUUGAAAUGUUGUUCAGUUUCCUUGCCAGGGAUAAAUUUCUUAUGUGGUAAAAAAAGGGGCUUUGAGUAGGAAGUGCACGGCUCUGGUUAUCUGACUGUGGCUUCAGCUGGUUUGGGAAAUCAGUUAUUGCUCUCCUGCUGUUCGCGUCAUACCUUAUAUUGUACGUUUUUGCAAUACUUAGUAACUGCAUCAUAACUUACCUUCUUUAGGCAGUUGCAGGAGGUCGUGGGUUCGAUUCCUGGUUGUGACAGCCGUAUUUAAAUGGGGGCAAGAUGCCAAAGCAUGCAUGUACUUGGGUUUAGGCGCACAUCAAAGAACCUGCAGAUGGUUAAAUUUAACCUGGAGUCCUCCACCGAGGUGUUCUUCAUAAGCCACAAUUCCAUAAUUUUUUUUCUUUAGGUUGUUUAGUGGGUAUUCCAAUUUGUGCUUUUUAGAUAGUGCAGUUUGAAAUUCAUUGAUCCAAGAUACAUAGAUCUUUCCAAAAGCAGUUUGAUGCAACCCACCAUGGUGAAUACAGGACUAUUCCUUAUGCAUACAUAAAAGAGGUUGCAGGUGAGCUAGACCGCAAGUUUCUCUCCGGAUGUUCACAGCAGUCUUAGAAGCAUGUGUGUCUACUAUUUUGGCAGUGGAGAGUUAUCGGCUAAUACCCGUUGUGAGGUGCUGUAACUGAUUUCUGACAAGGCUAUAUUUAGUUUUCUUAUGGGGGAAAAUUGAUAUGUUGUAGUGACUUAAGGUUUUACUGCUUUCUUUGUGUUACUGGUUUAUAGGCACAUGUGUGGUAUAAAACCAUAGGCAUUUUUAGCAGAUCAAGCACUGGCAUACUUUCUGUUGACAUGUGCUUCUUGUAUGCAUGCAUUUCUGUUUUUGUUCUUUGUGUAGUGCAACAUUGCAGCAUAUAUGGCUGUUUUGCGAGUGCUAUCACAGUCCUUAAUACUUCUUUUCUUGUCAUGAAACUUGACCGUAAGGCUAUAGGCGAGUUUGAUAUGCUGUCCAAAGCAGUUGUGCCAUGUUGUAACAUCAAUCAUCGGACAGUUGCCAUCAUUUGGAGGCUACAUAGUGUGCACAUUCCCACACAGCUGAUCAAGGACCUGUGUUACAGAAACACUAUGAAAAGCGGUGCAUAUGUAACUUCCAACCAAAAACAAUGCAAUUUGAAUUAAAAGCCAUCAAAUGCAUAGGAGAUAGCUCUUUAAGCGACCCCUUGCCAGUCCACAUAGCAAAUUUUGCUUAUAUGCUGGAAGUUGUUACGUGUCCCCUAAGGAGUGUUCUACUGCAACAAUUUUUUGAUAUUAGUUAAUUAAUAUUGGAGAUAGAAAUUUUUUGAAUUUGUACAAACCUAUGAUUUAAAGGGCCCCUGAAACGGUUCGGACGAAUUUUGUAGACGUGUAGGAUACAGCUUAAGUAGAAAAUUCGCACCACAAUUUAAGUGAAGCGUUACAUAUUAAUGGAACUGCAAGUGAUUACAAGUUACCCUCCUCCCUAGUCAUGCUUUUCCUCCUCAACUCGUUCGUCGAGCCACGGGGCUAAGCUCUGCCUUCACUGGUUCUGCAUCACUAUGCGACGUCACAUCGUCCACUUCCGGUUGUUUUGGAGCCCGCCCCCGCCUGCGCGAAACCUCUCUGCUAGCCGCUUGGCCGUCGACCGCAAGCGAAAGCUAUCGAAGCAGCGUGCGUUGCGAGCAUUCUGUCGCAGCACCGAAUGUGUCUAGUAUUCCGUUAACCACACACUAGCGGAAUGUUUCAACAGAAUGCUGGAAGCAUAAACUCAAGCUGAUGAAGGAACUUUAGUGUAGACGUACAUGAGCUGCCUGAUCGGUCUCCACGGUCUAGCCACCCGUUGGCGCAGAGCUUAACCAAAGAAAGAGCGAAUAUUGCUCUAACCAAGUGUAAAACAUUUUAAACAUUUACAAAAACAACGUGUUAACUAUUACACUCCUGCGAAAAAUGUCUACCAGCAGUAAAGAACACGUUUUGUUACUGCUGCUAUGUCUGGUUGACCUCUAUGCCACCAGGUGGCUGCACCGUGCAGACCAUUCACAUUUGCUCGUCUGUCCAUCCCAUGUAACGACACGCAAGGGGACACGGCUGGGCCCUGUCCGCUUUGCGCUUACCCUAAUACCGGACUCGCGAAAUGCUAUUGCAUUAGUAAUCUAUCGGUGUAAAGUGACGGCCGCAAUCGUGCAAAUCCUGGUGCUGAUCGGAUAGUGGCAGUCCGAUGCGCUGCAGCCAGUCCGCUCGUCUACUGGCUUGCAGAGGGACACAAUGUCGCAGCUUGACAUAUUGCCAGUCGCUACGUUUGUAGUCCACAACACAACAAAGUUGAAUCGUAGUACUCGCCAAAAGACAGACCGACACUGACGGCGAAGCUCUCGUCAAAGAUGGAGCACGUUGUAACACAAGCAGACGACACUUGAUGUGUGCCGGAAGUGCUUAAGUGUACUGAAAAAUUUUUCUUGUGCAUCCCCUUUAUGUUACUUUCUUUUUAUAAAAACAAAUUAACUAACAUUUCAACUAUUACGAACAUCAUUUGUUUACCAUAAAGUCGGAAAAAUUAUCGAUCACGCGCCCUGGUCAGCCAAUCGGAUAGCUCGCCCCACUGAUGUCAUAUGGGUAGGGGCGGGAUAAAAUCCCGCCGCACAGUGUGCUGCGAUUGGCAGCGAUGUGCAUUUUUAAAACCUUAUAAGAAAUUACACGCUUUACGCGAAGCACUUAGAUGCGUCAAUGAUCAGAAGGACCUACUCUAACGACUCAGUACGUUUCUAGAAAAUCGUCAAAAUCGUUUCAGGGUCCCUUUAAGGAGGCGAGCGUCAUCACCAACAUAGACACUUCGUCACUUGCCCAGUCUAGCCUCCACAAGUGAAAAUCCUUCACUGUGUUUUCCCAUACUGGAGCUGGAGGAUCGCGUAGUGAAUGCUUCAUGGGUCCCACCUUCUCUCUCUUUUUUUUUUCCCUUGUGUGUUUUUGCUGAGUGGUGCACUACCGGUAACGGUCUCAUUUGCAAGCUGUUGCGUUUGUCUCGUUUCGCGCAGCAGACUAUUUUGCACGCUCUGCACGGGAACACCUGAUCAGUGCCACAAUCACAAACAAUGAGGCAGGUGUGAGAGAAUGAAAGGGCAUGAUCGCGACACUGGAACACAGUAGAACAUGAGUUUCAUUCUCUGCGCGCACGGCUGCACAAUGGGGGAACAAGCAGAUAAAAUGGAAGUAUAUCUCUUGAUACAAUACGAAGUAAAACAAAAACACGCAGACAUUCGGUUUGUAUGUUUCAUUAUUUCUCUAAAUUUUAAUUCAUCUAUUGAAGCAACUGAUUCAACAAAUAACUGAUGUUGCCUUGAAUAACUCUUGAAGUCGCGUGUCAUUAUGAGUGACGUCACAACACUGCCAUGUGUGUAAACACACUUGCGCGAUAUAUGUUGACUCUCCGGCUGGGAGCGCGCGGCGCCUGCAAGAAGGGCAAAUGGCAUUUAAUUUGAAAUUUAAGCUCUUUCUGCGGCGCUUAGGGGUGUAAUACUUAGCAGACACGAUCAUUAGCACAUUGUAUGCACUGCACUUGUCAGCUCAAAAUGGCCAAACCUGAUGAGGCACCCUUGAAGGAAAAGCACAGGUUGAAGCUGGCUUCCUUACAACCAGCAACAUGCUCCCUUCUGUGUAAGGAGUGAGAUUGGGGACAACAGGGGCACUAGAAGGACAGUGGCAAAAUUUAAGUGAAAAAAAUACAAUCAAGGUAUAUUAGGUAUACAAAGGGUGAUGAUGUAAAGGUAAGACAAAGAACAGUGCAGGUGAAGAUAUUCUAGAGCUUGAUUUCUUGUCUUUAUUAUUAUUAUUUUUUUUUUUUUGACGGACAAGUCGUGGUAACUAAUAUCUUUCUUAUCUCUAUUGUAUUCACGGGAGUUUAGUCCAUUCUUCUAGAAUAACUGUUCCUGACACAUCUGGGCAUUCCAAUAAAAUCUUGCACUUUUUAAACUCGCCGCACUUAUCACAGUAAGGAUUAGUGGCUUGUCCAAGGUGGCAGAGGUCAAUAGGACAUUCAUAUGAAGCGAAUGAUACGAAGUUUUACUCUGACAGAGCUUCAAAUUUAUGACCAAAUCGGUCAAGCGAAGGAAGCAAUGCUAAUGAAGUGGCAGAAUCCAUCCCUUUCCGAACAGGCAAAUUUGUUUGUCAUCAUCCCAAUUUGUUGAAAUGAAGGUAGCUACAGUGGCCCGCAUAGCUCUCUCUAUAUAAAAAAUAUAUGUUGAAGACUCUACUGGACAUUUCAUUUGCAAUUUUACUGUGACAAUUACAUUGACUCUAUGUCUCAUGCAUCUUUAAUACUGCUUGGAAACUUGCGGCGGUGUUUACAGGUCACAUUGUGCACGUUUUCAUGCAGCUGGUGAAAUCUUGCAUGAUGUGUUUUGUUCUAAAUACAGCAGAGUGUAAAGUGCCGUUAACAGCAUUAUGGAGUUGUGUGCAUAGCUGAACACCAUUCUUUAAAUCCAGAACAGAAGAAAUCUUCUGGAAGAAUGGCAGCACCCUUUCAGUUCAGUUCUUUUAUCUGGCACUUUAAAUGGUUUGAGGCAAAAGCAGCUGCUAGUGGCACUGUUUGUAAACAAAGUCCAGUGAGUGUGCCGAGUUACGUCUGAAGUUUCAUGAUCAGUAAAAAAAGGCUAAACUUUGAUACAAUCAUUUAGCAGCUUAAAAAUAUUAGGAUGCUGUGUAUACAUAAUGACCUGCGUAUUAUCGGUAUGGUCUAGUUUAAAAGGCUGCGAGAUAAAAUGCUGAACAGAUUUAAUUGUGACUUAAGUGCUAAAACAGGUUUUACAUUUUAAUUGUGCAUGGUUUCUUUUAUGUUAUGUGAGCAUGAGGCUACUCCCUUAAUUGACGAAUUCCUUUGGCAUCACACCUUGCUAAGAUUGCAGGAAAAUUUUAGUCUUAUAUAAGUUUAUAAACAUUCAUAGGUGAAGUAAAUAAAUUCCUUCAUUCCAGUAAAUAUUACGUUCCUGGAGGACAGUGACAAGAGCCAUGUUCAGUGAAAGAGGUUGAUAAAGCAGGGAGAGCUUGAUCACUUCAUAUAUGUUACGUAGUGCCUGACCUCUUUGAAGUGGGGAUGAAAAGGAGAGUUGGCACAAAUCAAAUGUAGCAUUAAGCUUCUGUGUUUCCUUGGAAAGAAAGCUUUUUGUUGUAGCCUGGGGAUUGGAUAUGGAAUUUCUGCUUGACUGGGUUAGACUCAUCAACUGGGCUGCCCUCUUAAUCUUGUUGCUGCUGAUGCUGCUGCUCCACUACCUUUGACGCGCUGUAACAUGUGACACGCUGUAACAUGUUACAGCACUUCAAAGGUAGUGUUGCAUCAGCAUCAGCAGCAACGAUAUUAAGAGGGCAGCGAGCAAGAGCAGGAUGACAAGCAGUACCGGCACCCACUUGCCGUACGGCUCCGUGAAAUAAACGCCUUCUACACACCCCAUAACAAUAUGCAUCUCCGUGCCCUUCAAUCAUUGGUGAUGGACGCUCUAUAGUUUCGGUGUGGAAAGAGUUGAUAGCAUUCUAGUGGUUGCUGCUGCAUACCUCUUGCUGCUGCUGUCACAUGGCAAAGUGAAUGCAUUCAAGAUCCCAUUUACAUUUUCAAAAGCUGUGCAAUCAUAAGGUGCACCGUUUGGGCACAGCACAAAGAAAGACUUAGAGUGAAGAGGGGAGUUGUGCGUAUUGGCAAUAUGGAAAAAAAUCUCAGUAGAACGUGAAUGACCUCAGCUUAGACUGCACUUUUGUUCCGUUCUAGUAUAGAGAACCCUUGAAUUUUGAAUGUGCAAAAUAGGAGUGUCGUAGCAUGCUUUCUUUAAGGUACUUCACUAGAAACCAGCUUUAAGACUCUGGAUUUUCCAAAAUGAUUGAACAUAGCAUAUCUAUAUGUUGGUACUAACAGGGACUUGUUCAGGGUUAGCAGUGCUUGAGUGUACCUCCAGUGUUGUUUGAGCUUUUCUUAAAUUCCUCUGCUUUUAUGGCCAUCGCUUUGAACAAAGCUCUUUGGUUAUGUCAAUGGUUCGUUAUCAGGAGAGUUCAGUGUAUGGUGAUGAUUAGUUUUGAUAAAACAUUUUGCUACUUGAAGAUCAUUCUAAGUAGUUUACACUUUCAAUUAUUAAUGAAACAAAAGAAAAAAUGAGGUAGUGUUGCCUGUUGGGAACUUGUGCGUCGAGUACUACAUAAAGGCAUUACUUAUAACAAAAUGUUUCUGAAAACUGACAGAUGCUGCUUUAUGUAUUACAGGGUUGGAUUAUCAUAUCAUAUAAUUGAUGAAAAACUCAUUUUUGUCAACACUAUUGUUUUUAUACGAUGCUGGCCAAGUUAAGCUUUGGAUAGAAUCUAAGUAACUGACUCAGUGGACAAAGGUAAUGGUUCUUUUAUAUUGGAUCAAUGCAGUGACAGCUGUGCAGUGAAUGAUACACACCUAUAAUCAUCCUGAGCAUUGAUUCAUUCAGAGCAUGUGCGCUGUUCGUGUUAGUGCAGCUAAGGUCCUUCAUUGAUUUUAUAUUUUGCAUGGACUAAAGCGUCUUGAUAAGUUCAAUUAUUUUAAGUCAUUUUUGAGUACCUCACCAGGUUUGCAAUGUUUAAAAGGUUUAACUCUUAGAAACUGACUGCAGUUUGAACAUGAGAAAUCAUGCCCCUUCAACAUAUUGUUCUCCAUCUGUGCUAGGACAGCUACUGUGUACAUUGUAACCACUGUGUGUAUUGCGGUGCUUUCAAAAUUCGCUAAGGCAGCCAGAUGAAGUGGUCUCACUGAAGUGUGAUGUAUCUGGUGGCUGUGUACAUGAGUGCAGCUCACCUAAGUGGUUGUGUCAUGCAUGACUAAAAAAAAAAAACUUGAAAGUGGCAUUGCCCAGGCUCAUAGUUUUGUUAAGCACUUAGUCCACUGUGUAUGACUGUAGUAGUCGUUUAGAGCUAUUUCUUUCUCGCCCUACACAUCAAUGCAAUCUGCACUAUCAGAGAAAGGUUUGUGCACUGUGGUUGACAUAAAUUGAAUGAUUUUGGAACAUAGAGAAUUCAAUUGAAAGAUGGUAUGCAGUGUGCAUUUAUGUGCGUUCAAUGCAGCACACCACAUUUUUGCUGUUAUAACUGUAGCUUCAACGUGCAUGAACUGGCUUGCUCUGCCAAAAAGAUUGAUGUCAUUUACACUUUUGCGACAGACUGUACAUUCAUUGACGGCUGGGAACAGUAAUGAAAGUGAAUGGCCAUUGCUAUAAGCUAACCACUUGUGAUUGGAAAGCUUAAGCAUACUUUAGACAUGAUCAACUGCUUAAAUUGCGUUCCAGGCCUUGUAAAUUUAUGAUAGAACUUUACUUUAGUUCCCAAAUGAAAAACAUCCUUCAACUUGUUACUCUUACAUUCAUGUUUUUCAAAUCAUGUGUAUGUAGCACAUGAACCCAUUUGUGCCAUUAAGCUAGGGAUUGCCGCAACUGCUGUUGGCAGCUCAGAGGAUUUUGUUGUGUGCCUAUCCAGCUUUUCGAAGAAAUGUGUGUGUUUCUUUUCUAUUUCCUGUGCUUAGCUAAUGCUGAACCUGUUGCACAUCACAUGCCCAAGUGAUUGAUUGCCUCAUGACCUGUGCAUCCAUCUGCAUGUCUUGCUGUAUGCUGUAAAAGGACACUGUGAUACUAUUUAUUAAAUAUUGAAAGUUUACUUCUCAUCA